AUCCACGCCACGAUACAGCCAACAACACACGCACGCACGCACGCUUCCACCACAACAGCAGCACGCACAAGCACAACACCAACCAGGCAAGAUGAGCGAGGCAAAGCCGGCAGGGCCGAAGAACACGACAACGGACAAGGGCCAGUGCGCCAACACAACGUGCACCACAGAGAGCACAAAGCGGUGUGCAAGAUGUAAGGUGGUGUUCUACUGUUCACGGGAGUGCCAGCGCGCGCAUUGGCCCAAGCACAAGGCGGACUGCCGCCUGUUCAGCCAGCUGCCGGAGAAGCCCAACGUGAACGAGGAAGAAGAGGUCGUCAAGACACACCACCGCGAGUUCCGGCGUAUCGUGCACAAGUACGGUUUGGACAAGGGCGACAAGGCAGACCUGCUGGCAGACUUUCUCACAGACAGCUCACAGAACAAGAGCAUCAGCCCGGAUGCGCUGGCGGAGAAGUUUGACAUUCCACGUGGCGACGCGUCAACGCUUCUGGCAUGGGUCGACGUUGCCCUCAGAUUUAAGGAAGCGAACCUCGACAAGCCGCAGGACAAGCAAUAGGCACGACCACUUGAAACAAGCCUGCCUCAGGCCAAUUCUGUUUGCCCUCCGUCAAGUGAUAGAUGCCCUUGUUACACAUUCGGCUUUUAUGUGUGUGUGUGUGUGUGUGUGUGUGCAGGUGUGUACAGGUGUGUACAGGUGUGCGAGCUCAUGGAUCAUUGCGGUCAUGUGAACUGACUGAUAGACCCCUCCCUCGUCAUCCCCGCUGUAUUCACUCCCCCUUGUCUCUUCCCUGUCCCUCCUUGCUUGUCUUGCCGCCCCGUUGGCGUGUGUAUUGAGUGGGCUGUACGUUGGUUUGGGGCAUAAGCAAAAGCCGCCCGCCUACCCGCGUGUGCGUGUGCAUAGACGUUCGCGAGAAGAGCAGGUGGCAAAACGACCACAACAACAACAGACAGAGAGGGGGAGGGGGCGAGGAAAAAGGGGCGCUUGUAUGUGCAAACGUACGGCCAGUACACGGUUGGGAGAGGAUAAUAAACGUCAGCGCGCAUGCUACAAC